AUGGCGCCAACACUUGCAUUUUUGGCAACUAUGCUCGCCAUGUUGCCAGCUCUCAAUGCUGCGCCAACUGAGGUCUUCUCUCCUAACCCAAAGCCAAUCUUUGAACGCGACCCAGUCCCAAUUCCACCAAGCACCAGUGUAGGUGGUGCCAGCCAAAUCGUUGGUGGAUCUGCCGCUUCCUCUGGCCAAUUUCCCUACAUCGUCAGCUUGCAAAAGAGUGGAUCUCACUUCUGUGGUGGUGUUCUCAUCAAUAGCAAGACCGUGGUGACCGCCGCCCACUGCUCGGUGGGACAGUCUGCUUCCUCUGUCAAAGUCCGCGCCGGAACUCUCACUUGGGCCUCUGGUGGUACUUUAGUUAGUGUUUCAUCCAUCGUCGUCAACCCAUCUUACAGCUCCUCCACCAUCAACAACGAUGUUGCCGUUUGGAAGUUGGCAACUGCCCUUCCAACAAGCAGCACCAUCAAAUAUGCCACUCUUCCAGCCCAAGGUUCAGACCCAGCUGCUGGUACUUCUACAACUACCGCUGGAUGGGGUACAACAAGCGAGAACUCGAACUCUCUUCCAGCCUCUUUGAGAUACGUUUCAGUGCCAGUGAUCUCCCGAUCAUCUUGCCAGGCUAGCUACGGUACCUCUUCCGUCACAACCAACAUGUUCUGUGCUGGUCUGGCUGCGGGAGGAAAGGAUUCGUGCUCAGGUGACAGUGGUGGUCCAAUCAUCAACACCAGCACUGGUGUCUUGAUCGGUGUUGUUUCUUGGGGUCAAGGAUGCGCUGAGGCUGGAUUCCCAGGAGUCUACACUAGACUCGGUAACUACGUCACCUGGAUCAACGCCAACUUGGCUACGUAA